GACCCUCCCCUCCCCCCCGCCAUGGAGGUUCCAUGUCUCUGAGGAGCUUAUUGAAGAGCCGUUAAGAGACUACAAAGCAUGAUCUCUCUUCAGUUUCCACUUCCACUAGCCACUAUGAUGGGGCCCACGCAGGAUGGUAGGAAGGGGAGGGAGGAGGAGGAGGAGGAGGAGGAGGAGGAGGAGGAGGAGGUGAUGGUGGUGGCCGUUGCUGGAAGCAUUACAGAGAGCUUGGACAGGUUCAAGCUACGCAGUCUGCUUUGCCAUCGCAGCUGCUCGAGCUCCGUGACGAACACGGGAUGACCUGAGCACCCUGGUGCUAUACCUAGGGGGAAGGUGAUAUUCAGACACGAUCAA